AUGAGCGAGGUCAACCCCCAUACAACCUGGGAGAGAAAAAUAAAACAAACCGAUCAUCGAGUUAAGUUAAUGAAUGAAAUUGUCCGUUAUAUUCGUUUGGUUAAAAUGUAUACUUGGGAAAAACCAUUUCAAUUUAAAGUUGAAAAAGAUUUUUUACUGUUAAAAGAACAAAAUGAACAAGAUAUUCCUUUAGAAUAUCGUAUUACAAACGCAGACCAGACACCACACGUUCAACUAGAUAAUAUUUAUGCCAAAUGGAAUGAUUUGGAAAGUUUACACUAUGGAAUGUGGACUCUUGUAGGGGAUAAUGGAAUAACACUUAGCGGAGGACAAAAGGCAAGACUAAGUUUAGCUCGUGCGUUGUACAGAAACUAUGAUAUUUAUCUACUGGAUGAUCCACUAAGCGCUGUCGAUCCAAAAACAGGCAAAUUUAUUUAUCAAAAAUGUAUUAGAGGCUUUCUAAAGCAUAAAGUUUGCAUAUUGGUGACACAUCAGAUUCAGUAUUUAAAAAAUGCAACGAAAAUAUUAUGCAUGGAAAAAGGUCAUAUUACUGAUGAGGGAACAUAUCAUGAAUUAUUGGACAAGAGUGAAAGUUUUUGUCAUUUAAUUCAUGAAAUUCAACAUCAAAAGUCUGAAAGUAUUUCAGAAACAAAUGAUAAAAAUAAAUUAGAACAAUUAGAUUCGAUUUGUGGUUAUCAAGAUGGCCGAAUUAUCAAUAGAUUUGCGAAAGAUACAGCGAUUAUUGAUGAAACACUACCAACAAACUUGUUCGAUUAUAUGGAUUGUUUGUUUAUAACUAUUGGAACAUUUAUUUUGAUUAAUAUUAUUAAUCCUUGGACUUUGAUUCCAACUAUUUUGGGUUUUAUCGGUCUAUUAUACAUUCGACAAACAUAUAUAUCAUCAGCACAAGAUUGUCAGCGACUGGAAAGUUUAUCUCGAAGUCCUGUUUAUUCUCAUUUAUCUGCUAUGCUUGAUGGUGUUAUUACCGCACGAGCAUUCCGUGCAACCGAAAUUUGUAUCAAAGAUUUCGAAAGAUAUUUGGAUAAUCAUACGAAAGCAAUUUACCUACUUCGCACAGUUGAUAGAUGGGGCGGAAUACGUUUUGACUGGCUGUCAGCUGGUUUUCUUACAUUUUUAGUUUUUUCAAGUUUACUUAUGCACAAAAGUCUACCAAGUGCUAAUGUUACUGUUGCAAUCGUUCAUGCAUUGACAUUAAUUGGUUUUCUCCAAUGGUUCAUUCGAUUGGGUACAGAACUUCUGUUACAAAUGACUGCUGUUGAACGUAUCAAUGAGUAUUGUCAUUUACCAGUAGAAGAAUCUAAACAUAAUGAACCGCCAAAACCUCAUUGGCCGGCAGAUGGGCAAAUUAAAUUUGAUAACUUGUCAUUUCGUUAUUCAAUCCACUCAUCAUGGAUUUUAAACAAAAUUGAUUUGGUUAUUCAACCAAAAGAAAAAAUAGGAAUUGUUGGUCGAACGGGAGCAGGAAAGAGUUCGAUUAUUCAAGCACUAUUUAGAAUGGCCGAUUUAGAAGGAAAAAUUCUAAUUGAUGGUAUAGAUACUAAAAGUAUUUCGUUGAAUAGUCUUCGUAAUCGAAUAUCCAUUAUUCCGCAGGAUCCCGUUUUAUUUGACGAUUCAAUUCGGAAUAAUGUCGAUCCAUUCGGUGAAUAUUCAGAAAUUGAAAUAUGGAAUGCUUUGGAAGAAGUACAAUUGAAACCUAUGAUUAUCCGUCUUCCCUAUGGUUUAUCUCAUCAAAUCUCAGAAGGCGGUGCAAAUUUUAGUGUGGGACAAAGACAGUUAAUGUGUUUGGCUCGUGCUUUACUUAGAAAAAAUAAAAUAUUAGUUAUUGAUGAAGCAACCGCUAAUGUGGAUAUGGCGUAA